AUGAAAUCGCUUUCUCUGGUUGCAAACGAAGAGUUUCAGCACAUUCUUCGUGUGUUGAACACUAAUGUUGAUGGUAAGCAGAAGAUUAUGUUUGCCCUUACCUCUAUCAAAGGUAUUGGGAGGCGAUUUGCUAACAUCGUCUGCAAGAAAGCUGACGUCGACAUGAACAAAAGGGCUGGUGAGUUAUCUGCUGCCGAGCUUGACAACCUCAUGACGAUCGUUGCUAACCCACGUCAGUUCAAGAUUCCAGACUGGUUCUUGAACAGGCAGAAGGAUUACAAGGACGGAAAGUAUUCCCAAGUUGUCUCCAACGCACUGGACAUGAAGCUGAGAGAUGAUCUUGAACGUCUCAAGAAGAUCAGAAACCACCGUGGUCUGAGGCAUUACUGGGGUCUCCGUGUGAGAGGACAACACACCAAGACAACUGGUCGCAGAGGAAAGACUGUUGGUGUGUCGAAGAAGCGUUAA